GCCGAUUAUAAAAGUAAGAAGACGCCGCGCGCCGGUGAAGUUAUGUCAGCGUUGAUCAGCUGCUAAGAAACACCAGGAUGGAGUCGUGGAAUAGAAAAGGUCGCCCACCAAAUCCUAGGGCAAAAGCUAAUCCACUGUCUGUAUUAACAUUUGUAUGGACUCUACCUAUGUUUUGGAGUGGUUUGAAGAAAGAAAUAGAAGAACAAGAUCUCUAUGAAACAUUGGAAGAACACUCUUCAGCUCCGCUAGGUGAUAAAUUCGCUCGUUUAUGGGAGGAGGAAGUUGCGCAGGCGAAAGGGAAACGAACUCCGAGCCUACUCCGAGUCAUAAUCAAAGCUUAUGCAGCCAAAUGCAUGCUCUACGGAUUCUUCUGUUUCUUGAUGGAGUGCGGAAUAAGGACCCAGCAGCCCAGAAUGUUAGGGCACUUCAUCACAUACAUCGCACAGCGCAAGAAAACCGUGGACGUGCUCAGAGAAAACGACUUAAACAUCGUGUCCCGUCGCUAUAGUAACAAGACACAUAGAGUAGCGCAACCUCUAUUCCUGGGGCGCCUGGUGGACUACUUCAACCCGCAGCAAGCUGCCGAGGUGGUGAACCAAGAAGAUGCGUAUCUUUACGCGAUGGCCGUAGUCCUCUGUUCAGCAGCUAAUGUAUUUGUCAUACAUCCGUACAUGAUGGCCACGUUGCAUAUGGGGAUGAAGUUCCGUGUUGCUUGUUGCUCUCUUAUUUAUAGAAAGUCGCUGCGACUGUCCCAAGCGGCCCUAGGCGAAACAACGGCAGGCCAGCUCGUGAACAUGCUCUCCAAUGAUGUAAACCGAUUCGACGUAGCAGUUAUUUUCCUGCACUACUUAUGGAUCGGACCGCUGGCCACGCUUAUCAUCACCUACUUCAUGUGGCAAGAGAUCAGCUGGGCGGCGGUCGUUGGUGUCUCGUUCAUGCUCGCCUUCGUACCGCUUCAAGCAUACUUGGGCAAGCGCACGUCAGUGCUGCGGUUGAAAACCGCCAUAAGGACGGACGAGCGCGUACGACUUAUGAACGAAAUCAUUUCGGGCAUACAGGUCAUCAAGAUGUACACCUGGGAAAAACCUUUUGCGGAUCUCGUCGCUAAGGCACGAAAGAAGGAGAUUAACAAAAUCCGAUCAACAUCAUACAUACGCGGCGUGUUAACGUCGUACAUAAUGUUCACUACACGUAUCUGCCUGUUCGCAUCGAUACUGGCGUACGUCCUUGUUCACAACGUGAUCACGGCCAAGCAAGUGUUCGUCGUCACCAGUUUCUACAACAUUCUCAGACAGACUAUGACGGUUUUCUUUCCACAAGGUAUCGCUCUAGUAGCGGAAGCCACGAUAUCGUUAAAACGUAUACAAAACUUUAUGCUCUACGAAGACACGUCGAAACCAGUGCCGGGUUUAGCGGAAAUACAAACAGCCGCCAAAGAACAAGGCGUGGAAAUAGAAGUAGAAAGGGAAAUAGAGAAAGAUAUUAGUAAAGAGUUAGUAGUAGCCACCGACGGGGAGCCAAAGGAUGUGCCGGAGUUGCAAGAAUCUAAAAAGGAAAACGGGAAAAGAAAUGUUACAGAAUUGACAGCGGCUCCUCUAGAAUCAGGAGAAUCUGAUGAUGAGGAACUAGCAGCGCGUGUUGAAGAAGACGCUCGAGGGGUACGACUGAAGCACGCCACGGCCAAGUGGGUGCCUGCUCACCCGGAGAACACGCUCAGCGAUCUCUCGCUUACGAUUAAACCUGGGAAGUUAAUAGCAGUAAUCGGACCAGUGGGCGCGGGCAAAUCGUCGUUACUACACGUGUUGUUACGGGAGUUGCCUUUGCAGUCGGGAAGCGUUCAUGUCGGCGGUGAUGUUUCCUAUGCCAGUCAGGAACCUUGGCUCUUUGCUGGCAGCGUCAGACAGAACAUCCUCUUCGGACAGACGAUGGACCGUCCGCGCUACAACGCGGUAGUGCGCCGCUGUGCUCUCGACCGCGACUUUUCCCUGUUCCCGCACGGCGACAAGACUAUCGUCGGGGAACGUGGCGUUAGUCUCAGUGGAGGAGAUGCAAGUUACCCGGUAAGAACUCAACCCACUUAUCUCAAUAAUCCAUCCUUUUUCCAGAUCGGCCUCUCCUUAAUCGGUAUUCUCGUAGUAGUAGCGGUAGUCAACUAUUGGCUACUGAUCCCUACGAUGGUGGUCGGGCUGGUGUUCUACGGGCUGAGGAUGUUCUACCUAGCAUCUUCAAGGAGUAUCAAGCGCCUCGAGGGUGUGACUCGUAGUCCCGUGUUUUCUCACUUGAACGCGUCACUACAGGGAAUUAUCACGAUUCGUGCUUUCGGCGCGCAAGAGGCUCUUAUCAGAGAAUUUGAUAAUCACCAAGAUCUCCAUAGUUCAGCGUGGUUCCUGUUCAUCGCGAGUUCACGUGCUUUUGGGUUCUGGCUGGACCUACUCUGCGUCUUUUACAUCGCCAUAGUUACGCUCAGUUUUCUCGUCCUCAAACAAGAAGAAUACGGUGGUAACGUCGGGCUGGCUAUAACGCAGGCGAUCGGGCUCACAGGCAUGAUCCAGUGGGGUAUGCGCCAGUGGGCCGAGCUCGAAAACCAGAUGACCAGUGUAGAAAGGAUAGGAGAAUACUCAAAGAUCGAUUCGGAACCGCCGUUGGAAUCCGAGCCAAGUAAAAAGCCACCCCCGACGUGGCCAGAGCAUGGCUAUAUCCAGUUCAAGAACGUGUCUCUAUAUUACACGCCGGGUGAGCCCGCCGUACUUAAGGAUCUCAGCUUCGUAAUUCAGCCCAAGGAGAAAGUAGGAAUCGUCGGACGAACUGGCGCUGGCAAAUCGUCACUUAUUAAUGCGUUAUUCAGAUUAACAUAUAUAGAAGGCGAGAUAAUUAUCGACGGAAUCGAAACAUCAACCCUUGGCCUUCAUGAACUGCGUAGUCAGGUCUCCAUAAUACCACAAGAGCCUGUGCUUUUCUCAGGCACUAUGCGGUAUAACCUCGACCCAUUUGACGAGUACCCUGAUCAAGUACUUUGGCGCGCCUUGGAAGAGGUGGAGCUAAAAGACGCAGUAGCAGAACUUCCAGCUGGUCUCAGUUCUCGCAUGUCCGAAGGCGGCAGCAACUUCAGCGUGGGUCAGCGACAGCUGGUUUGUUUAGCGCGCGCCAUCAUUCGCCGCAACCGGCUGCUCGUGCUUGACGAGGCCACAGCUAAUGUGGACCCGCACACGGAUACUUUGAUUCAAAAGGCGAUAAGAAACAAAUUCGUCGACUGCACAGUGCUAACGAUUGCUCAUCGUCUACACACUGUUAUGGAUUCAGAUAAGGUGCUAGUAAUGGACGCCGGGCGUAUGGUAGAGCUGGACCACCCGCACAUCUUGCUGCAGAAGAGCGACGGCGUGCUGCGCAGCAUGGUCGACCAGACCGGGAGGCAGAUGGCCGAGACGCUCCAUAACAUUGCCCGACAGGCGUAUGAACAGAAAUACCCGCCGCAAUCGUCGGCUGUGGCGCAAUCCAAUUGAAGCUCACGGCUUUUAGGCUAUGUAAUUUAUUCACAAGUAUCUCUCAAGUACGUAAUUUACGUGUAGGAAUCAAAUAAGUACGAGCAUGUGCGCGAGCACAUGUUUCCUGUCUUAUUUAUAAUAAUCGAAUUAUCGUUAAGAAUAUUUUAUAUUCAUAACUUUUAUAUAAAACAUCACAAACGACAAGUGUGAUUUUUACAUUCAGAUGUUCCAGAAUCCAUACCAAAUUGUCUCUGUGAGAAAUAUUUUAGGUAAAUGAAUUUUCUCUUAUUUGUACCGUGUUUUGUCUAUUUAUAUCGAAUAAUAAGAAUCAAAUAGUGUUGUAUGUAAACUAUAUACAUAGUUGCAACUGUCCAGAAUUACACCGAGCUUUAAAGUGUUAGGCGAUAAGUUUUCGGUGCUAAUGUUUCGUACUUAAUUUUUAAGUAAAUUAUACAAAUGUUAAUAGCCUUUCCAAGUUUAUAUGAGGGAAAUCAAAAGAUUGAAAAUCCUGGAACUGUGGUGUAUAGUGUACUUAGUGAAAAAAAAAACUUAAGAAUCUAAAUUCUCGUGGCAACUAAUUUAGUUAUUCGUUUUAAUAGUGAAUCGUUUUUAUAAUGGAUAUUGUGAAAAUCAUGA